UAAAUUUUAUUUUUGGCUUAUAUUUGAGUUAUAUAAGUGCUUCUUCACAAAAAGUUUCGUUGAAAUCGAAUAAGCCGUUUCGGAGAAUAUCGGAUUUGAAAAAAAAACGGUUUUAUGGCAGGUACCGUUAAAAAUCCAUUCGGUUCCAUCCAUUAAGCCGAAUAGGGUAUGUGUACCAACCAAUUGUUGAUCCAAAAUAAAAAUAUUUAGCUGCGCAUGCUUGCGCACUGCCGAGAUUUUGUACUUUGAAAAAAAAGGCUUGAAAAAACGCUUACUUUGGCAUACCUUGACCCACGUAAACGCUUAGUUCUCUGUUAAUAGUAAUGCCAACAACGAUUUUAAGGUUUUAAUUUUUAGAAGAAAUAUUAUUCAUUGUAACUGCGUUUACAAUUUUCUUUUAUCUUUUGUUAUUGGUCAGAUAUUAUUUUUUGAUUGAUGUCCGUUGUUCUUGUCCGUGAUAAUUUUUGACUUUGAUGUCAGUUUUUUUCGAAGAAUGCGUCGUAAACAUAACGUUUUCUUACUUUAUUUUUAUAAUGAUAGUAAUAAUGAAUAAAAAAGUCAUUCAUAAGGUUGUCGAAAAAGCCACACAUUGUAUGAUACUUGUAAAAACCAGCAACGGAUGAAAUUUUAAUUUUUAAUUUAAAAGGCUAAGAAAAAAAAAAUUAUUUUGGAUUUUAUUACGAAUAUAAAUUGAUAUAGUUUUUGCAAAAUUUUUUACCAUAUCUACCAAUUUUUAUAAUCUGCUACUUUCAUUUUCCUAUUUAAGUAGAUUCCUGCUAUUACUAAGCCAAAAGGAUUACCUAUUAUAAAUCUUAAGCUAGGUUCUUCCCAAAAGUAAGAGAUUAAUUUUUUUAUUACCUAUAAUUAUAUUAAGGGUUGAAGGAUAUGUUUAAUUAUAGAUCCUUAUUUUAUGGUCCAAUAAAACAGGUAGAGAGAAAUAGUAAGUUCUCUCACUAACCCAAUAAAAGAGCUAAUAAGUAAUGUAUUUUGGGUAGAUUAAAUUUUACCUGUAAAAUAAUCCUUGUGCAUGUGCAUGUUUUACUGUUAUAUUAACUCUGACUAUGGAUAAACUUCAUUAGUUUUCAAAACGUUUGACUAAAGACCGGAUCGUGUUAAUUAAAUUUGAAUAUGAAUAUUUUAAACAAAGUCUUUUUGGAACAUUUUCACAAUGCUUCGAAUUCUGAAGAAUUUGUGCAAUUGUUUCAGAAUCAAUACUCAGAAAUUAGUGUUAAUGAAGAAACUAAAAAGAAACUUCAAAAGUUAUAUGCGAUAUUUAAGCAAAAAUGGAUACAAAGUAGUAGACACAAUGAAAGAUUUCUCACUAAAAAUGAAGGAUUUUUGAACAGAACAUUUACUAUACAAGAGGAUGAAAUUGAAGACAGUCCCGUGCCAAGUACAUCAAGAGGAAGGCCUUCGAAAUCCUUACAGGCAUGUUCGGAAUACACCAAAAGGAGGAAACUACUCGAAACUACGAGCAAUAUUUCGACGGAAAAUGUGUCAAUAGCUCUAAGUAUGAAAUAUAACAAGGAUAGUAAUAAGGCAAAAGCGGACAUCACAAAAGCAGUUCUGAGUGCUAGCCCUUUAAGAGUGCAGCGGAUUAAAGCGAGUAUUCCUACACCUCAAAGGGAUCCAAUAAAAUAUGAUGGUCUGACUGCACUUGCCUUGUUCUUGGAUAUGGGACUUUCUAAGGAAAAAUACAAAUUGAUGAGAAAAUCAUUGCGAAGCCAUAACGUUGACGUAUUUCCAAGUUAUAAUGUGUUAAUGGAAGCUAAGAUAGAGGCCACUCCAUCAAACCUUAUAAUAACAGAAACUUCUGUUGAAGUGAAUCUUCAAGAUUUGGUGGACCAUACAGCAAAGAGGAUAAUAAACAGCCUAGACAACAGGGAACUACAAAUACUACCAACACAAUUAAAUUUGUUAAGUAAAUGGGGAUGCGAUGGAUCUUCUGGGCAAAGUGCAUACAAACAAAGAAUAGUUUCAGAAGAUGGUGAUGUAGUAUCUGACGCGAACAUGUUUAUGGCAUCACUAGUUCCACUUCGUCUAAAAGGUGAUUUAAACGAACAUUGGAAGAAUCCAAGGCCGUCAUCUGUUCACUUUUGCAGACCGAUAAUGUUUAAAUACGCCAAGGAGUCCAGCGAUAUUAUUCAGACAACUGUCAGCAAUAUAAGGAACCAAAUUAAAAAUCUAGCACCAACUGUAAUCACACUUAAUGAAGAAAAAAAUGUGAUGGUUCGACAUGAAUUCUUUCUGACUAUGAUAGAUGGAAAAGUUUUGAAUGAACUAACAAGCACGAAAUCUACACUAUCAUGUCCAAUCUGCAAAAGAACCCAAAAAAAUUUUCAAAAAGAAGCAGACGAUUUAGCUGAAGCAGAUGAAAGAAACUACGAGUUUGGAAUUUCGCCUUUACACGCUAGAAUAAGAUGCAUGGACUUUGUACUUAAACUAGCAUAUGGACUUAACCAAGAAAACGAGGCCACCGACAAGAAGGAAGCCGAAAAAAGAAGAAAACUGGAGAUACAAAAGGAAUUUAGGGAGCAGCUUGGGUUAAUUAUUGAUACCCCAAAACAAGGAUUCGGUAAUACAAAUGAUGGAAACACUUCAAGAAGAUUUUUCGAAAAUCCAGGAGUUACAUCAGCUAUAACCCGUGUAGACGAAGAACUUUUGAAGAAACUGCAAGUGAUUUUGAAUGCACUAUCAUCUAUGGAAUCUAUAAAUAUAGAUAAAUUUAACGAGUAUACAAAAAGCACUUCGGAUCUUUUAAAAUCCAAAUAUAGUCACAAAAUCUUGACCCCAACACUUCACAAGAUUCUGGACCACGGUGGAGAACUAAUUAGCCAUCAAGUUCUACCAAUAGGGGAACUUUCAGAGGAAGCACAGGAAGCAAGGAAUAAAGAUUACAAGCGAUAUCGAUACUCUAAUACUUGCAAGGUUUCAAGGAAACGACAAAAUGAAGAUUUAUUUAAUAUGCUAUUCAUAUCAUCAGAUCCACUUGUUUCAUCUUUAAGACACGCCAGAUCCCACAAAGAGCUUAAAAAAAGCUACUGUCCAGAGCUGAUUAGUCUAUUAAAUAUUAAAAGUGAUGAUGAUGGCAGUGAACUUUUUACUGAAAAUUUAUAAUUAUUGUUUAAGAUAUUUUAUGUAUAUAUUUUUAUUUUAUACAUUUAUACCUAUACAUAUGUUUUCAAUUAUACUUGAUUUUUUUUUUAAAUUUUUUGGUCCGUUUAUUUUUUCCCUUUACUGUUUCACAUAAAAUAUGUCACUUAAAAAUGUAUAAACCAUUAUUAUUAACCGAUUAAAGCAAAAAAAAAAAAAUUCUUUGCCAAAUUUUAGCAUCCACUGUUGUGAUGAAUUUUAUUUUAGAACACCCUAUAAACACUUAGGGGGUCAUCAUUUUGUUUUUACCAAAAUUUCCAAAAUUAAAGACAAUUUUUAAAGUUUAACUUCAAUUGUUUUUUCUGUAAAUUCCGUUUUUUAAGAAAAUCUGUUUUUGGCCGAUGAUUCCGAAACACCCUGUGAAAUAAUUUUAUUGAAAUUCAUUGGUAUAACAGCCCUAGAAAUUUCCUUCAAAUAAAAAAAAAAAUUGUACCGCUAACUCAAUCCGUUCAAAAGUUAUGAUUUUUGCAACGAGAUAAGUCAUUUUGGACAACAGUGCGGCGUAUGCCGAGGUAAAUAUAAUAAAAAAAAAUAAUAUCACGCCAAAUUAUUGCAGGUAAGUCUUGUAAUCUAUUAUUGUCCUCCAGGACUAUAAUUGGCCAAGGAUUUCAGGUAUGUAUUCCGGCAACUUACGCUAGUCGCAGUGAGAAGCCUCGCUUGUAUUUUAUAUUUCUCCUCACUAGGGGUGAACGCUUGUAUUGCAGGAUACCCAGUGCAGUGGUUGUUGGGUUCAAAACUUAAGAAUUUGCUAGGGAUAACUUUUACUUGUUUAGCCUGGGGUAUCUACAGGCUUUCCAGUAGACGAUUGGCAGCACUUUCUAGCGGCGUAUGCUCUUUGGAUUAAAGAUCUGUUGCUCCUUUAUUCACCAGUAGUAUAUAUAGAUAUGGCGGUUCUAUAUCGGUUGUAAGAACCGUUCUGGGCACCGCUUCACCUCACUAUCAAGGUUUUGUUAAUUUUAAAGCUGGGCGGUCCCGACCUUAUAAUUCGUCGGAAACCGCCAAUUCACCCUGACAACACAAAACUUCAUUUUAUUUCUACAUUCUAAUCACUUCUCAAAAUUAUAACUCACCCUUAGUCUCAGAAAUUAGUAUUUAUUUUUCCUUGGCCUUGCAUCAACUCUUAUCAUUAAUCAACUUAUGUAACUAUCGUUCAGCACUAUUCUAAAUUAAAUAACUUUAAUCAAUAUUCACUUCUUUCUUUGAAUUUAAAUAUUUAUCUCACUAUAUACUAACUUAGCACUCUUAUUAUACUUAAAUUUUCCUUUAUAACAAUAGAACUUUUCGAUUGAUGCUGUGGUCUAGUAGCUUGCACGACUGAAUAUCGAAUAAUCAUUUUCACUGCAUUGUCUUUACUUCGAGCCGACGACGACCGCAACUAUGCCCGUUCGAUGACGGUAUUGCAGGUCAAGUUUCAUAGUGUUUGUAUUUGAAAUUAAAAUUCAAAUACAAACGACUAAAUAUUGAAGCCUACUUUCAGGCAUUUCUACUUCUACCAAAUACCCGAACCCAAUUCUAUACAGUUGGAGAAGAGUUAUUUAUCAGCGAAACUCUAACCCAGCUGUUCAUACCUGUCAAAUUCCUCAGAUUCUUCAUUUAUUUCAUCCUACUCGGUCAAGUUUCCCCCACGCGGUUUUGGUUUUUCGGAGUUUCUUUCGCGUUUUUCCUUAAAUUAACUCGUAGUUUCGCGUCAUUAAGUCCCUCUAACAUUCAGGAACUUUUAUGUUCCUACACGAACCCUUCAACGAUGCCUACACGACCCGACAAUGAUGCCCUGACCACGCACCGGAGUGCCUUCCUACAGGUGGCCGUAACAGGCACUAAGGGUGUCUGCAGCUGUUGUGGCACUGGCCAUUCCCUCACCACACCUGGAAUCGGUUUGGCCUAUUAUGAUCCGAUCCCCUUGGACAUACUUAGCCGGCCCCUCCACUCCUCCUGAACAAUUUAAAAGUUAGUAACUCAUUUUAGAACCUUUUGGUUCUAUAAAAAAUCAGAAUGUGGCGUGCCUCACAAUAUUGAAAUUUUAUUAAACACAAGAAACUUUAUUAUAAAAACUAAUACUGUAGAACUUGCAUUCGUAAAACUCCAUUUCAAGUUUAUACCAAAGGCCAACAGAAAAAAUUAAAUGUAUAAAAAAAAGAUAAAAUUGCAACAAAAAUACAUGUAUUAGACAAGAUAAACAAAAAUAAAUGAAAUUUGAAAUUUGAGAUUUUUUUUUUUUUUAUAAUAAGCGCGCACUAAAGGGAUUAAUGUACCCUUAAUAUGGUGAACACGGUACGAGCAUUAGGAAAAUAGGGAGGGGUUUGAAAGGAGAUACCGAUGAACAUUAGUUUUGAAGUUCUGAGUUUUGAAAUGGGAUGGGAAAACAUAGGCGGGUAACGCAUUCCACAUCCGUGUAGUGCGGCUGAAGAAAGAAUCUCUGUAUUUGACGGUACGUCCGAAGUUGGACUGAUAUCUUGAGAGUAAACUGAUGAGCAUUCCUUGAAGCACGAGUAUUACGGUUGAAUUGUUUCAGGGGAGGAAUGCAACUAGCUAUUUCAUCGGAGCACUGCUUAUAAAAAUAACGAUAGAACAACGUGAGACAUGAGACGUUACGACGGUGCUCGAGAUGUGGGAGUUAUAUUAAAGCUUUUUUUUAUUUAUUUAUUUAAUAUCAAUUAGAGUUUACAAUCUCAAAUAGACUAACGAAAUUUUUAAAAUUAUACAUAGAAUCAUUAUAAAAUUAAAGCCACACAAAA